AUGUUUGGCAAGGGAACUUACUUUGCCCAGAACGCAUCGAAGUCUGACUUCUACACUACCUGUUCGGAGUGUUCACGUGAUGCCGCUCAUGGUGAUUGCUCGCAUCCUCACGGGGAGCGUUGUCUGGUGCUGGCACGCGUGCUUCUCGGACAAAGCAAGCCUGUGACGACGGAAAAACUCAAAGGAAUCACCAGGGCACCAGAGCGGCAGGAUGGUGAGCCGUACGACUCCAUUACUGCCCUGACAAAGGAGCAUGGUGGAAGGGUGGACCACAUGGAGUUCGUGAUUUUCAAGGAACAAAUGGCAUUGCCUCAGUACCUGAUCUACUACCGCCAUGCAGAGGAUUGUUGGUGUCACAACUGUUGGCGCCGAUGGCCAAAGCACUAG